ACGUUUUCAUAUCAUGUGCCUAUUGUUUCUACAAGUAUUCUCUGUCCCAAAUGCAUAAAGAUAAAAUGUUAUCUUACCUUGUUGUUAGAAUAACUACUUUUUUCUCCAAGCCCACGUCUUCAUUCCCAUUCACCUCCAGCUAAAAAUAACAUCUCAGCUUUACGUCUUACACCACUACACGUCACUUCCGGCACAAUUCAGACCAAUGCUGAUCUCCUCCGGUAACCCUUAUUGACGCUUUAUCUUACUCAGUCUGCACGUCUGGUCCACACUCAUCAGGGCAGAUCCAAAAGAACAUACAACCGCUAUGCAUAUCAUCAUCUUACUCAGUCUUGUUUUAUCGUGCAUAUGCUAUGGCUUAGCGACCAGAAUGGAGGAGAGGAUCGACGAUCUGAUCAACGCAUCUAUGGCUUGUUUCAACGCCCCUGCACUAACACUCGCCGUCGUACAAGGCGGGCAAAGUGUCAUAGCAAAAAGUUAUGGAGUGAUGGACAGAGAAAGCAAUCAACCCGUGUCCAAUAACACGCUGUUUAAUAUCGCUUCCUUAACAAAAGCGUUUGCUGCCACAACUUUGGUAAAGGUAAUGGAAGAUAAAGGGUAUGAUUUAGAUGCUCCACUGACAUCUUUCGAUGAACUGAAAAAUCUCACGUUUAUACGAGAGGAUCUCACGGCCCAAGUGACUGCCAGAGAUAUUCUAAGCCACAGGACGGGUCUCAACGACUACAACAGAAUACGGCUCCAAAACAACUUCUCACUGGAGACCAUUGGGGAGAAGCUUAAGUAUUUCAACAGUUCAGCCCCGCUGCGUGCGGAGUACUUUUACAACAAUCAAAUGUACGGGCUAGCCGGUCUCAUCACGGAGCAACUUACUGGCCUGAGCUGGGAAGAGGCGGUGAGAGCUACCAUUCUCUCUCCACUGGGAAUGGAUACCACCACUUUUAUAUCCACCGCCAAGUUAGACGGACUGUCAAUUGCAUCUCCCCACUAUUACGAUGAUGAACGGCCCGGAGGAUUGAGGAUAGGCUCUUUAGAGUUUUUAAAAUCCUGGGCCCGCAAUUCUCCCUCUGGUUCCAUUUUGAGCAACUCCGUGGAUAUGGCAAAGUGGCUGCUGUUUCACCUCAACUCGGGCAAAGCUCAUGAUCAGUCGCAGGUUGUGUCGGUGAAUGCGUUAGAGGAGACGUACAGACCGAAUAUUGCUUGCCCGUCUUCACUGGACAAAUAUCUGUCCACUCCUAUCAUCCCAGUCACGUUCAAUGUUUCCCACUAUGGAUUCGGGUGGAGGAUUGGCAGUUACCGAGGUUAUCCCAUGGUUACCCACACUGGAUUAUCAUGGGGAUUCUCUUCAAAUUUGGUUCUCAUUCCAUCCAAAGGGCUUGGCAUAUAUUACACCUUCAACACGAUGCCUAGUUCAUGGCUAAAGAAGCAGGCGCUGGGGAUGCUUAUUUUGGACCUUUUCCUUGGAGAACGUCCGUGGUUGAAUAGCUCCUCAGUUUGCUCCUUCCCUGAGCCUUUUGCGGACCCUCCAAACUCGACAAAACCUACCAAAGGAACGCCAGGGACUGCGGAUAGACCUCUUAGGAGUUACACAGGAAAAUUUAAGGAGCCGCUGUAUGACGAAAUCGAAAUCAUUCACAAGGACGAGGAGAACUUUCUCCGCAUGUUCUACGGUCCAUUUGGUCGCUGGAAGCUGUACCCCGUUGGAGGAGACGAGUUCUACGGCGAAGGAAUUGGUCCUGCGUUUGUUCUCAGACUAAAUGGAGUAUUAUUCAAAAGUCUCUACGCAGAGUCUGGUGACAUAGACGCUGUAACGUUCGAGUCAUUGGAACAGAGGGACCCACCCACAUUUGUUAGAGAGGCUGUGCGUCCCACUUCGAUUGCGUCGCCAAUGAAUUCCGUAUUUCCCGUCCUCGAUGUACUUAUUUUAUUGUUCUUAUUGAAAUAACUAGUACCCUUUGUGUGGCUAAAUG